UUCCAUAAAUAAUAAAAAAAAAUACAGACGCUCUUUAGUCUUCACACCUUUUUUCCCCCAAAAUUCCUAACUUAAAAACCCUACAAAUUACAUCACAAAACUAAAAUUUCAUCAUUAAAAUUGAAAAUCAAUCCAUAAUGACAGAUAACAAAUCAAACUCUUCAUCAUCAGAAGAUGAAGAAUCAACAGCUCAAAACCCUAAUUCAAUCGAUACAUCACUAGACGCAAUCGAGAAUCAGUUAUCAUCAAUCUCAUUCCACUCUCCUACCGAUUCCGGACCGGAAUUCGGUACCGAAAAUGCGAGUAUUUCGAUAGGCGAAAGCAGUGGUAUGGGAUCAGGAUUGUGGAAAAUCAAUAAUAAUAAUGAUAAUAAUUUGGAAGGUGAAGAAGAAAGGGGAAAUGUGAGUCCUAAUAGUAGUGGAUAUGCAGGUGAAAGAGGUAGUAGUGUUAGUCUUAGUUCUGGAACUGAUGGAAUUAAAGAAAUUUUCGAUAAUAAUGGUUUCGAUGAUCAUGAUGAUGAGGAUGGAGUUGUGGCGGUGGAUUCGGAGAAAGCGGAACGGAUUCACGGUAAACGGCAUGCCGAUGAGGAUGAUGCUUCUAUGUCUUGGAGGAAAAGAAAGAAACAUUUCUUUAUUCUGAGUCACUCUGGAAAACCAAUAUACUCAAGAUAUGGAGAUGAGCACAAGCUGGCGGGAUUUUCAGCAACUUUGCAGGCUAUAAUCUCCUUCGUUGAAAAUGGGGGAGAUCGUGUUAAAUUGGUUAGGGCUGGCAAACACCAGGUAGUUUUUCUUGUGAAGGGGCCAAUAUAUUUAGUUUGCAUAAGCAGUACAGAAGAGCCUUAUGAAUCACUAAGAGGGCAAUUAGAACUUCUUUAUGGCCAGAUGAUACUUAUUCUUACAAGGUCUCUUGAUAAAUGUUUUGAGAAGAAUCCUAAGUUUGACAUGACUCCUUUGCUUGGAGGAACAGAUGCUGUUUUUUCGUCUCUCAUCCGCUCUUUCAGUAGGAAUCCUGCAACUUUUCUUCAUGCAUACACUUGUCUUCCUCUUGCCUAUUCUACAAGGCAAGCUGCUGGUGCUAUUUUGCAAGAUGUUGCUGAUUCAGGUGUCCUUUUUGCAAUAUUGAUGUGCAAAGAUAAGGUUGUCAGUCUGGUGGGCUUGCAGAAAGCAUCACUUCAUCCUGAUGAUAUGCUACUGCUUGCAAACUUCGUCAUGUCAUCUGAAUCUUUUAGGACAUCUGAAUCUUUCUCACCAAUAUGUUUGCCAAGAUACAACCCCAUGGCAUUCCUAUAUGCUUAUGUUCAUUAUCUUGACGUUGAUACGUACUUGACGUUGCUCACAACAAGUUCUCAGGCCUUUUUUCAUCUUAAAGAAUGCAGGAUACGUAUUGAAACGGUCCUUUCAAAGUCAAAUGUUCUUCACGAUGUUCAAAGAUCCUUGUCAGCAGGUGGCUUACAUAUCGAUGAUUUGCCGGUUGACCCAUCUGCACGUUCUAGGUCGUUGUUCCAUUCCAAUCAACAAAGACUAGACCACGAUCCUCGGGACAACCUACAUGAAACACGUGUAGGAAUAGGUGGUCCUGCUGGACUUUGGCACUUUAUUUAUCGAAGUAUAUAUCUGGAUCAGUAUGUAUCAUCUGAGUUUGCAUCUCCAGUCGGUGCUCCCUCACAGCAGAAAAGAUUGUAUAGGGCAUACCAAAGACUCUAUGCUUCCAUGCAUGACAAAGGGUUAGGUCCCCAUAAAACUCAAUUCAGAAGGGAUGAAAAUUAUGUUUUGCUGUGCUGGGUUACUCCGGAUUUUGAACUCUUUGCAGCUUUUGAUCCACUUGCAGAUAAGGCUGUAGCAAUACGAAUAUGCAACCGAGUGUGCCAGUGGGUGAAAGAUGUGGAAAAUGAAAUAUUUUUGCUGGGAGCAAGCCCUUUUUCAUGGUGAUUAUCUCCCCUAACAUAACGUGUUGUACUUUUGUUCUUUAGGUUAUUUUCCCCCUCUUCUGUAAUGGUGCUCGUGUAUCUGGUACAAAACCAACAAAAGUAACAAGCCAAAGAGUUUUUAUAUAGCUUUGGUGAAAAACAGCAUGCUUGUAUCCCUUAUAUAUUCGAAAUAAUAUGUUAUUCAAUUGAUUGCAAUUGUUAGUCUA